AAACCUGUCGGCAAACCAAACCUACAAAAUGAUCGUACGCAUAAAAAUGUCAAUGUUCACAUUUUGAAAUGACCAAAAUAGAUAUCAUCGAACCGAACGUUUGCUAGCACAAAUGUUAGCCAAAGAACAGCUCAGUAAACAAAUAGUUGGUGCACGAAUGAGCCUGCCUGAUAAAUUACAUCGUUCGGUUGUGCCACUCGGUCAAAAGUCUCGCCAAAUUGCCAAGAAUGGUCGUCAUAUUCAGAACUCGUUCCCUACUCAGAUUACUCAAGCGAAGUGUUGUAUUGCAAUGGACUGCCAGUUGUAAACAUGCGAACAAACGAAAUUUCAGUGCAACUAACAACAAUAAUGGAAUCUACGUACGACGCGCCAAUAAUCCAACUAGUCAAUAUGAAUACAAAUUUGAAUAUAGGUUAUAUUAUCGAAGUUCCCAUAGUUCCAAAGAAUCUAGAUCGUCAUAUGCUAAGUUAUCUCCACAAGAGGUUGACUCCAUCUUAAGGACUAACGAAUAUAAUCAUGAAUUUUCACCAGGCAGCAGUGUUAAGUCAUACGAUUCUAAUCAAUUGGCAUCUAACAAUCCCAUGGAAGACACCCGCGCCGAAGCAUCGUGUUUACAAACGACAGGACUAUUAGUUGGCGUUUUUGAUGGUCAUGGUGGAGGCGCCUGCGCUCAAGUUCUGGCGAAACGUCUGUUUCGCUACAUUACAGCGUGUCUUCUGCCACCGGACAAACUUGAAGAAUGUCAUCAGGCAAUUGCGGACAAUAAAUCACCUAUGGAACUUUACAAAUCAUAUAACGAUAAGGUACAAUUCGUAGAUGACGUGCGUGACAUAUACCGCAAGAGUUUCGAACAAUUUAUCGAGGAGUUAUCUUCUGCAGAUAAGCCUCACUUUGACAUGACGAAAGCUCUUGAAACCGCUGUCAUGCGUCUUGACGAAGAUUUAUCUAGCGAAGCCCUCGCUCGCGUCGAUGGGAAAAUUAAUUUGAAGACUAUGGCUGUUGCUAUGAGCGGGGCAGUAGCGUGCGUUGCACACAUCGAUGGUCCUCAUUUACAUGUUGCAAAUGUUGGUGAUUGCAAUGCGGUUGUUGGUGUUCGAACAGAGACCAAUUCUUGGGUUGCAAAAAAGCUCACCACAGAACACAACACCGACAAUCGUGAUGAAGUAGAGCGCAUCAUCAGCGAACAUCCGUACAACGAAAGCAAUACGGUAAUAAAAAUGGAGCGACUUUUGGGGCAGCUGGCACCUUUGCGUGCAUUGGGUGACUAUCGCUACAAAUGGAGCAAGGAAAUAAUGCGUAACGUGGUGGCGAAACAUUUUGGCGAUCACAUGAUUGCACCUAAUUAUUAUACUCCACCUUACCUGACUAGCAGGCCUGACGUCAUUUACCACCGACUGACACCGCGUGAUAAGUUUCUUGUUCUUGCCACGGAUGGGUUAUGGGAUUGCAUCUCCCCGUUGCAGGUGGUGCGCUUGGUCGGCGAGCACAUGAGCGGCAAGGUGACGCUUAGUCCGCUAAAACUGCCUCGUAAAAACAUGAAAUUAUCCGAUAUUGAUGAAAUGCUCUUACAGCGCAAAGAGGGACUCAAGACAAAGCCGAAGGAUACGAACGCCGCGACACAUCUAAUGCGCAACGCACUUGGGGGCACGGAGUAUGGCAUCGAUCAUGGCAAGUUGUCGCAGCUGCUCAGCCUGCCAGACGAUGUCGUUCGCGUAUUUCGGGAUGAUAUUACAAUAACAGUUAUAUACUUUGAUUCCGAAUAUUUAAGACAUUGUCCAGUUUGAAACAUUAUUCCUAGAAUAUAUUCGCCACAAACUAUUGCUAAUUCAAGGGGCUUGCAUUUAUGUUUAUUGUUGUGCCAAAAACGCACAUAUUACAUCUCUGCACAUUGUCCAUUUCUCUUUACAUUUUUGGUGAGUAGUAACUGUUUAAUCAAAACAUUACAUUCUAUUACUAAAUGCUAACACAAAAAUUCUAUUUUUACGUGCAUCUAGAGCGAUUUUCGUAUGUGACUGUUGAAAAGAGAAAACAAUACUCGAUAUAUUUUCCGAAUAUACCUAUAUAUAUAUAUAUAUUCCUAUUAUGUUAUAGUUGCAAAAUGUGAUUUAGUCAUGCAUUAUAAUUGCAUGGAAUAAACAAUUGUUCAUUUAAA